ACUUGCUUCUGUUUAAACUUGAUUAAUUUUAAGUAAUGUUUAGCUGUUUGUCAUUUGUUUAACACAGAAAUAAGACCCUGACCUAGUCAUUAACAUUUCGCAUUUACACAAUGGCGGAACCCACUGAAAAAGUGGAAAGCAAUUCCGAUGCACGGAGGAGAAUACUUAACAUAGCAGUAUCCACAGUACUUCUAGAAUCAGGCUUCGAUGCAGCUGAUAAAAUGUCACUAGAAACUCUUACGGAGAUGUUACAAUGUUUUUUUACUGAGGUGGGAAACUCGGCUAAAGGAUAUUGUGAGCUGUCUGGACGAGUUGAACCAGUUCUUGGAGAUGUUUUCAUGGCUCUCAUCAACAUGGGUAUUAGCCUACAAGGCUUAGAACAAUAUGCAGCCAGACCUAACCGGCAUGUGAUCCAGCCCCCUCAACAAGCGCCAGCCCCACGGACACCAGCAAUGCUGUCUGCUGGCUCCAAGGCCAAGCCUGCGCCGCACAUACCAUUCCAUCUGCCACCAUUGCCAGAUCCCCAUGCCUAUAUCAGGACACCUACUCACAAACAACCAGUGACUGAAUAUGAAGCUAUCAGAGAAAAAGCAGCGAGUCAGAAGAGGGACAUUGAGAAGGCACUCACCAAGUUCCUGGCAAAAACUAGUGAAACACACAAUCUGUUCAACACUGAGGAUAAUACGGUGUUUCCAUUAAUAGCAUGCAAGCCAACAUUCCCAUCAUAUCUUGCAUGUCUUCUGCCGACGGACCAGGUCUUUGACUUUGAUGAGCUGGAGUACCAUUUCCAAGUGGCUAACAGGACUGAAGAUAUGCCUGCUGAAAAGAAAGACCAAUCAGACAAUGAAGGUGAGAAUGGAGGUGAUGACCCCAACAACUCGCAGUCAGAGAAUCAGGACAACCCCCAACCCUCCAGCCCAGAAAGGAGUAAAACAUGAGGACAGAAUAUAAAUCUUAUUCUUAUACGUAUAUGUAAUUAUUAUUAUGCAAUAAAUUACU